UUCAAUUCAUAUUUCUUAUUUUAAGUAGAGCUAAUUUUGUUGCCUUCGUUAAUAGGUUUUCUCCCUACACCGCAUCAUUGUGGCUCAACUUUGUUGUGAAGGAGAUUUCAAACCAUGGCAACUGGCUUUGAGAAGCCAUCUCCCAGGUAUACACACUCUGAUUGGACUGCAAGCUCUCGGGUCCUGAUAAAACAUUCUGAACAGUUGAGGGAUACAGCCAAUAAGAUCAUACAAGAUGUAAAAUGUACGAUGGAAGAAGCCACCAUUCAGAAUAACUGGGUCCAGAGGAACACACAGAGGAACUUGUGCAGCAGAAUGGAGGAGCUGACUCAGUGGAAUGAACAGAUAGGAAACUGCAUCGAUAGGCUUGACAGAGAACUUGGCUGCUUGGAGAAGGUAAAGAUCGCAGCAGAGGAAUGUCUGCAGGAGAGGCUGGUGUAUCUGAAUAUUGUCCUGGAAUGUUUUACUCUGCGGGAUGUACGACAGGGUGGUGACCUGAUCCACGACCCCUUUGAGGCCCAGUUAAAGAAGGAGAAAGAGCUUUGUGAGAGCAUGAAAGACCUGUUUCAGAAGAAGAUUUUUGCUUCAUUGAACCAAUUAAGGUCUCUCAGUGAAAUUCGUAAAAAGCUUGCUGCGGAUUACCAGGAUACAGCUAAAGCUGUAAAACUCAAUGGCCAGUGUCUUUCAUUUGACCCCAAGUCACCAGCAGUGGGGUACAAGUGUCACACCAUGCUCAUGACAAAGGACAUCCUCAGCUAUGAGGAGUGGGCUGCCCACUGUGAUAAUUUGAAGAAGACUGGAGAGAAGGAGGUUGCUCAAAGUGCUCUGUUUCGUGGAGACCUGGAAGUAGCUUUGUCAAAGGCAGCUAACAUGGCAGAAGCCCAGCACAGUGCUACCGAGUUUGCUCUUCGAAAGAGACUACACGAGCUCAACCAAGCAAAAGAUAACCUGGAAUGGGAGAAACAACACAUCAACGAUACAAUAAGUGAACUGGUGAAGGAGAUUCAGAAUUUAGACCUUCAAAUCCAGAACACAGCCAAUCAGAUCAAGCUGUCUCACACACGGCUGGAAACACUAUCCCAUCGCUCUAAUGCUGAGCUUUGCAAGGACCAGCCCCAUAUAGGUUUGUUGCAUGAAACUGAACAACUGGAAAGAAAUGUGUUUUCUUUGAAGAAGAAGAUAGUUUUGUCUCAGAAUGUAUUAAAAGAGAUGCUGAGACAUCUGUCCCAUGUGGAGGAUGAGCUGUGCCACAAGACAAGGUCAAUUGAGAUUGAUACCAAGUGCCAGGAGAUAAGAAGGAACCUUCUUCCACUAAGACGAAAUCCUGCAGCCUCCAUCAAUCGUACUGAGUACCAGCUGUCCCCUCUGAAUUCUUGGCAAAAGGAAUAUCAGUGAGAGACUUCACCAUAGUUGUUGAAACUAUACACUAUAAUUGUCAAGAAAGACUGUACUUCUAAAUUUCCAAGUUACUUUACAGUGCAGUUAUUUUUGUAAUGCUUUCCUUAUUGAAUAAAAGCAUUCAGUCAUGCA